AAAUCAAAAUCAAAAUCAAAAUCACAGUCUCCCAUCUACAACUCAAACCCACCUUCGCUCUCUCUCUCGAUCCAGUGGUUUUUCUAGGGUUUAAGCCCCCCCAACCCACCCAAGCUCAAAUCUUUCCCCCUUUUUACUUUCCUUUCUGCUUCAAUCAUUCUCAAUUCGGAACCGAUUCGGAGUUUCGCGGACUCUCCCAGCUCAACUUUCUACUCUUCAAUUGCUUCUGCUUAGAUCCCAAACCCCAGACUCUCCGGUUAGAAGCAGAGGGAUAAGAGAUAUAGUUGAUGGCGUGUUGUGGGUAAAUGGUGUGGUUGUUUGAUAGUUUUCGCUAGCAAUGUUGUAUUGAAGGUACCGCUUUCGUGAUAUGAGGGGUUGAAUAUGAGCGAUGGGGGUGGGGAGAGUGGAAGAGAGCAUGAGCAAUUCAAUAGAGCACUGAGAAAAUCAAGCGGUGGUGGUGAUGAUUUUGCACGAGCUGUUUCUAAGAUUGCAGUAGCGCAAGUAUGUGAGAUAGUGGGGUUUCAGACUUUCCAGUUGUCUGCUCUUGAAACACUUUCGGAUGUUGCGGUUCAGUACAUUCGUAACGUUGGAAAGACGGCACAUUUAUAUGCAAAUUUAUCUGGCAGAACGGAUUGUAAUGUUUUUGAUAUCAUUCAAGGGUUGGAAGAUCUGAGCGUGGCUCAGGGGUUUGCAGGUGCUUCAGAUAUUAAUCAUUGUCUCGCAAGUUCAGGGACGGUUAAGGAAAUUUCUCAGUAUGUUGCCGAAACUGAGCAUGUUCCAUUUGCCUACUCUACUCCUCAAUUCCCAGUUAUUAAGGACCGGAAGCUGACUCCGAGUUUUUGGCAAAGCGGGGAAGAGACUCCUGGAGAGCAUAUACCUACUUGGUUGCCUCCAUUUCCUGAACCACAUACGUAUUCCCAAUCAACUACAUGCAAUGAGAGAGCCACAGAACCUGACAGUGCUAUAGUUGAGCAGGAAAAACAACAGAGAAAUGUGGAGCGGGCCCUGCUGAAUUUUCAGCGUAGGCUAGUCUGUAAUGGGAUGGAAGGACCCUCUGUUGACCCUGGGGAUGUUGAAAAGGCGAAACAAGCAAGAGAGAGUAACCCUUUUCUUGCUACACCUCUGCAAUUUGGGGAGACAGAAGUAUCUCAGGUUACUCUUCCAGCUAAACUGUCAAUCGAAGCAACAGAGGAAAAUCUUAAGGCUGAGAACCAUGCCAAGGAUAAAUGUUCUUCAGUGCUGGAGACCUUUGCCCCAGCCAUUGAAGCAAUCAAGAACAAAUCGUUUGAAUUGGAGGAGGAUCAAAAGAUUCUUUCGAGCAGGAAACCCACUGUGCAAUUUAAGAUUGGGAUGUCAAAGAAGUCCUUAGGUACUAUGUUACAUUCAGGGCCGCAUAAGAAGGGUUUUGAGGAAGUGUGUCCCUGGUUCGGGAGAGAAAAUGAAAAGGAUGAAAAGAAAAGGAGGGCCGAAAAAAUUCUGAAGAACUCCAUGGAAAACUCACAGGAGCUUGCUCAGUUGUAAACUAGGUUGUUCGUUACUAAAAUUUGUACACUUGUUUAGGAGACUGGUAGUGGAAGCUGGUUCACAUAUUGUUGUCUGCAUACUAGACACUAUAGAAUGGAUAUUACAAAGUUCUGGAGGGAAAUUUCCCACUUUAACAAGUUUUUGAGGUAUGUCAAUGUCAGUUUCUGUGAUCAACCCAAUUAAUGAUUCUUUCUAAUUGAAAUUCUAUUCUUUCCUUGAUA